CAGCUCCAACAGGAUUGAAACACUUGAUAAGGACAUUUUUUCCAAUCUUGUAAACUUAUAUUACCUGUCCUUGUCCCAUAACAGAAUGAUGGACUUUCAAGGUGGAUUGUUUGAAAAACUGGGAAAACUUCAAUACCUAGAUCUUUCAUACAAUCGUGUCAGUUACCUAGAUGACAACUUGUUCAGUGACAGGUUAACAAGCCUUGAGUUUCUAUUUCUGCAGCAUAACAACCUACAAAGUAUGACUGGGAACACUUUUAAGGAUGUCCCCACUUUGAGAUACCUUCUGCUGAGUAACAACAACAUAACUGUGAUUCCUGAGGGAGCCUUCAAGAACAAUCUCAAACUCGAGAUGUUAGUCUUGAACGAUAAUGAAAUCGGAAAACUUGAGAAACACGUUUUUGGUUUUGACGAAAAUGAGCAGCCGCCCGAUGGAGUAAUCAUAUAUAUGAUCCGGACAAAUGUACCAGAAUUGAAUCUCGAAUCCUUUUAUGGCAUCAGGAAUGACGAUUCUCAUGAACUGACAAUGAAUGACGAACUCAUUGGCAUAGUGCGAUUUUACACGAAAAGAAGAAAAACUCUUUGCAGAAUUUAUCUGAAUCCUAAUGCCUCGAACGUGGAAAUGGUCAGCGUAUCAGGGAAGAUUUACGAAAGAGCGAGAUUGGAUCUCUUGGUCAGUUUCUUGAACCUGGGUUUUGAACAAAUAGAGCACUUCUAUGACGCAGAGAAUAUAACCCAUCACUACAAACUGCUGCCCUGUCCGGAGGGGACUUAUUCUCUUAAAGGCGAAGGAUGCAAAAAGUGUCCACCAGGGGGUUUUCUGUCCGACAGUGCUGGUUAUGUUGCUGACCAGUGUCUUCCAUGUCCACGUGGCGCGUAUGUCAAAUUGGACAUCUAUCCAGGAACGCGCUAUAAACAUUGCAGGGCGUGCCCUCGAGGAACAAAUACAGAUUCAAUGGCCGGAAAAAUAGCGUGCCAUUGCUUGGAGGGAUUUCAUCGGACCCACAUCUUUGGCAAAUGUACAGAGUGCGAGAGAGGUGGCAAACACGAGGGCCUGGAUUGCAAGACGGACUUUUUGAACUUGAAGCCUGGUUAUUGGUGGGAAUGGCAGAACGAAACACACAGGGAACGCUUCAGAAAUUUCUCUACAAAUCUCAUUAAUCCUCAGGAAUCCUUCGAUGAUUCCUUCAGGGAUUUUACUUAUCCUAUGCCGAGGCCAACCAAAUGUCCCAGAGAAGAGUCGUGUCAAGGUGGCGUGAACGCCAUCGAUAAUCCUUGUAAACCUGGUUAUGAGGGUCCCGUUUGUGGCAUUUGUCAAUUUGGGUACUACAAGCAGCUACAGGUUUGUAGCAAAUGCCCAACCAAGAAGACGAUGGCAAUACAGUUAGGACUCUUGGCCGGGUUCUUUCUGUUCAUUGUAGCCAUUUUGGUCUGGUACAGCAGAAAGAAGACGAAAAAGGCCCAAGGACGCCCUGUGAUUGACAUCAUUUUCGCCAGACUUAAAAUCAUAAUCGGAUUUUACCAGGUCACAUAUGGUUUACUCGAAGCUUUCUCGUUCGUCAGAUGGCCGAACGUGCUUGAGGAUAUCGCAAAGUAUUCAGAAUUACUUCAGCUGAAUUUGCUUCAGAUUGCUCCUCUCCAUUGUCUUUUCUCGAGUCUCCAUGUGGACGCGUUUGGUAGUCUGUACGCCAGCAUGGGAUUGAAUGCCUGUGCAAUUGCCUUCUUUGCAGUCAUUUUCGGCGUGCGUUAUGUAAUGGUCACCCUGAGUAACAGCCUAACCCAGAUGGAAAAAGCCAAACGUAUAUCGCACGCCAAAGAACUCGUCUACCGGAAUUUGUUCUUCUUCCUCUUCGUGACCUAUCUGAGUACGUGUUCUAAAACGGCCAAUGUACUACCACUCGCCUGCCGACGACUUUGUCGUGACAAAGAAGAGUCACUGUGUGACGACUACCUCAAAGCUGACUACGGCAUUCGCUGUCACGGAACGAAGUACCACUUACGGCUGAUCGGGGCCUACUUGAAUAUCAUUUACAUAAUUGCCCUCCCAGCCUUCUCGAUCACUGUGCUUUGGAGAGAGCGGCUGUUGAUCAUAGCCCAGAAGGAGGAAAAAAGAUACCAGGAGUCCCUUCCUAACAAAGAAAUCGUCACUGGUUUGCGCUUUCUUUACGAAAACUACGACACACCGUCUUGGUACUGGGAACUAAUUGAGAUGGCUCGCAAGAUCACCCUCACUUCCGGUCUGAUUCUGAUUGGACAGGAGAGCAGGGCUUAUGUGGGUGCCACGUGUGUUCUGGCAGGCCUGUAUGGUAUGAUGUUUGCCUACAUCGCUCCCAUACAAGACUACUUCGAGAACAAGCUAAUGGUCACAGCUCUCUCGGUCACUUUUAUAAACCUUGGAAUUGGCGCCGUGAGCAGAAUCCCAUCCGAGAACAGGGAGCCUUUCAAAGAUCCACUCAUGGAUACAGAAAUAUUCAAGAUAACCGUUCUUGGAGCCAAUACUUUGGUGGUUGGACAGCUUGUCUUGGAGUACUUUUCGUACAUCUUACGAUUUUUGAAGAAUUGGAUCAAGAAUCCACACUUCUCGCUCGCUUGUUUCCAGUCCUUGCUCCUCCCGGUAAAUGACUUGAGAGAGGACGAUGAAGAGUUGGACGACAAGGAGUAUCCUUUUGAAGAAGGCAAGAUGGAGCUAGUGUCCAUCCACUCCGACUCCACACAAAACGAGGACAAAAUACUCAGCUCCUACCCCAUGGGAGGGGAAAACAAAGUCGCUUUCUCUAACCCUAUAUAUGAAGAAAUGAAAGAUGACCCCUAUGCCAUCAUUCCCGUUCCCUUGGACAUGAACCGCGAAAAAUCCCGGAAAAUCCCUCCUACAGUCAGAUUCAAAGACGAAUUUGCCAUCUACGAUGAGUUGAAAGAACCAGAGCCUCGUUAUGUCAAUUUCCCAGCGCAUGAACAUUUGGUUAUUGAUGUCAUUCCCGAGGAAAAUGAAAAUAAAGGCAAAGAUGAGAACAACGGAUCCGAGAUGCAAGAUGGAUCCCUAGAAGGCAAAGAAGAGAACGACCAGGAGAAAGCGGAAGAAGGGGAGGGAAAAGCAGAGGAGGAGGAAGAAGAAAUGGUGGAGAUGUGUGACCAAGAGGUACAGACCGACUUGAUGACUCUUGAGAUGGAUGAGGAAACCUUACAUGAGCUGUUCGGCGAGCCUCAAGAUGAAUCACUGUUUGCUGGGUUACCAGAAGACCUCCUUUCUGACGUGGAAGGCUCCAUCGACCAGCAGGACGAAGCAGAGGCCGACCUGGAAAUAAAAUGUACUCCAGAAGCGGAGGAUCCAGACAGUGUGUCCGUAAACACUUGCGUUAACGACAAAGAGAAUAAAUUGUCUCCGGAACCGGAAAUAGGGGAAGAGAACAAGGCGUUCUCCAGCGACUGGUCCAUCAGUCAUGACAGCGCGGAGGUAUCGGUACCGGAAACCCGGUCUGCACCACAGCCGGAAGUAGUAGGGCGGGAGAACAAGGCGUUCGCAAGCAACUGGUCCAUCAAACAAAACAAAGAAGAGGCAACGGAGCCGGAAGUGGAAUAUGGACCGGGACCAGAGUUAGGGAAGGAAAACAAUACGCUCUCAAGCGCUCUGUAGAAAUAUUUCCGACACCGAAGCGUACCAUUUACUUAGAUAUGCAGGCAGGUUUUAUUGAUUCUUUAGUUGAUGAAACAUUUACUUAGAUCAUUGUUUAUCCUCAAAACAUGAACGUUUUUCUAGUUGAGCUUUCCAAAGGGUAGAAUCGUUUGUGAGAUUUACGCGGCCGUUGUAGGUGUCAGGUAGAAAUGGCAUUUUUUUUUUUUAAGUUGAACUUUUGAUUGAUAACUCUUUGGUUGUCCCCUUGUAGGUCCAUAUUUAGGACUGAGAAAUAGUUAGACACUGAUUCAUGAAAAUAAAACAGUGUUGUUCAAGGAAUAGCUCUUUUCCGUGCUUAUCAUAGUCUCCUCUUGAAGGCGAGACUUCAUAUGUGUCCUUUGAUUCUCUACAAGAAUUAGCUUUGUUUCGCGGGAGUUAAAUCUCGAUUAAGCCCUCAGAACCAUUUGCAGGACGAGACCACGGUGGCCGACUGAUGUAAAGCUUGUAGUCAUUUGGUUAUUUGAGAUGGUACCUUUUUUUUAUCGGACAAAACACCCCGGAGGUCUCUGUAUGGUUGAUACGCCGAUCAACCGAAAACAGCACAUGGUAGUAUUCCUGUUUCAUAAUAAAAAUGCAUUUUAUCUAAUACUUCAGUGUAAGAAUUCAAGUUCAGCUCAAUAACUGUAUAAACCCAGCCACGCAAUGAAAAAGAGGAAAACUUGUAUCUGCUAACCAAAUGAGCAAAGUUGGUCAUCAAUAUUAUCGUUGCUAAUUUUUUAUCAUUAUCAUUUCCAUUAUCACGAUUAUUAUUGUUAUUACUAUUUGGUAGUUGGAAGAAAUGUUUAUUUAACCAUUCAGAAUGAAUUUCAAUUUUGAAACACUUUUCGUGUUGUACGAUAUUAACAGGUCAGCAGUGUGACCUUCGCUCGUGUAGGAUAGUUUUACUGUCAUAAAAUACCAAUGGAAGGGAAAAGCUUGGUCUUUUUAUGAUGUCCUUUGAAAAUGGCUGGGUUAUUAAUACAAAAUGUAACCAUAAUUACCUUAAUAUUUACAUAAUCAUGAUUUUUGGAGGUGGCUCUCUUGUGCGAUGAACCAAAAUCACUUACGAUAACUCACAGGGAUCUCAUAGCAUAUCAGUUGUUUAAAAUUUGUCUUGUUUUGAUUUAUUUUGUCUUUACAUUUAUCCACGCGAAUGGAAAGCGACAUUCUGCUCAGUAAAACUGGGUACAUUCACUGUUUAGUUUUUCUCAAUCAGCUAUGCAGCCUUACAGGAUCAAAAAUCGUUUCAUCAGUUUUAUUUUGAGACAGUCAAAGCAUUUGGUCUCUGCAAACCAAAAGGGAGCCACUAAAUUAGUAUUUAUCACCCGUUAGUUAUUAUCUAAGAGGAUGAUAUCCCAAAUAACUAAUCGGUCUUUUUUUUAAACGCUGCCUGCUAUUCAGAUAAUUUUGUAGACACUUCUUUAGUUUAUGUAGUUUUUGGUAAAACGCUGAGGCAGGAAU